GAAUUUCUCCUUUAAAAAGGGAACAAAAUGUGACCGUAAUAGCAUCAAAAGCAAAAUCACUGGCAGGAAAAUGAGACGUUCUGUGUUUCCGAGCAGCCGAACACUGCCAAAGAACACAAGCUCAGGUGAUGAGAAAAUCUCAAAAUACACUUGAAAAGACGCCUGUUCUCUUUCCAGGAAGUGUUCGCGCGUCUGGGCCUCAUGAUGGUAACCCAGAUGCGAGUGCGGCUCUCUGAGAAAAGAAACGCUGCGUCCAUUCGGAUUGUGAGGGACAGGCACACAUUUCGUGAAUCCUGCCACUGAGCUGCAACUGGACGGUGCACUCCGCGGUUCACGUUGCUGAGCCAUUAGGACGUCAGCAUUCCACGGGCAAUCGCCGGUCGAUACAAACGUCUCCAUCUCCCGCGUCCAUUAGUAGAAUCGCCGCUGAAGAGAAAGAGAGACCACGAUCUUCAAGUGCUGGUCGGCCAUCUUUUUCAUCACGGAGAUCCACACCAACUGGGCUCGCGCAUGUAUAAAUCAUCCAGUGGGCUUUGAAGAGCGAGUGCUUCUUUGUCUUGGUGGAGGGAAGGGGGGGGGUUUGUGUAUAAUUAAUGCCGGCGGGGUGAGCUGAGGUGGGAGGUCUUGGGAAGCAGCACACGCACGUGCAUCAAACGUCUGUCAUUAACUUGACCUGGAGAAAUGGAUGGAGAUUCCACCCUCCCCUCUCCCCCAUAAGCCUGUUCCUCAUCCUAUCUAAUUUCCCCUCAAUUCCCCCUCUGAACCAUUCUGCUCCGUCUGCCCCCCUUCUCUGUCCUCCUUUCGCUCUCCUGAAAGUGUUUGUAUUAUUACUCCGAGCGAAAGUUUGGACGAGACUUUUGUGUGGCUGUGGGGAGGGGGAUGGCCGUGCAUGUGAUCUCUCGCUCCAGCAGAGAGAGUGUGUGUGCGUGCGUGCGCGCGGAUGUGCCUGUGUAAGUCGGUAUACUUUGCGCUUGCUUCUGUGUGAAUGUAUCUCCUCAUACCCACUAAUUAGAGUGACAGAUUUUAUUAAUAGUUUGGGGCUAAUGUGUGAUAGCGUGACUCCAGCUUUCCAUACUAGCUCGUUUACCCUGCUCUCUCGCCACCCCGGGCCCUAAUUAUCAAGCUGACGAUCUGACAUCCGACCACUAAAAACAGAGACGACGCGUUGACAUAUUGUCACUUCCGACUUUAGACCGAACCUCCUUUUAAACCUGAGGUUAGGCUGCGUUGCCGCAGACUCGUUCCAUCUUGUUUCUCCUCACCCCUUAAGCACGUCUGGAAAAACUGUGUAGCUUAAAAGGAACAGUUCUGUUCAUCUGAUUCCCCAGGUUCCUGGAUUUCCCCGUGUCAGAUUAGAUGCAUAUGAUUCUGCAGGUCAAGAGUGAUCAAUCAGUCUCGGAAAACUAUGCAUUAUCAACCCCCCUUGACGUGUGGAUAUUUUUCACUCAUGUUGUAACUGUGGGUGGGAUCGAGUACACGCCGAGCAUGAGUCAGACACAGUUCUCUCUGGUGUACGAGGGAAUUUUAACAUGCAUGGAUCAAAAGGAUGCCAGUUUUCGGGCCCCAUCUUCAGACUGUGCUUCAUGUCGGAGAGGAGAUACUCCUCUAAUCUCAAGGCACAAAUCCUCGCCCACAUCGCGCAUGAUGUGCCGGUUUCUUGCGAAUCAAUGGCGCGGCGAGCGACGGCAUUUUGAGGAAAAUAUCUAUUUAUCUUUGUGUGUAUCUGUGCUCGCGUUUGAUCCCGUUCUGCUCAGCCUACACAGGCGCGUGGAGCCACAACGAAAAUGAUCGGCCCCGCUAUAGAGCAGCUAUGCUGUGGAUGACGGUGAACAUUCAUUGUAAGUGUGAUUAUGUAAGACAAGUUCUUGCUAUUACUAAGACUUGACAGUAAUCAAAAUAGUGUCCUCCCACAGCACAGCCGCAGCUGAAGCUCUUUUGAAGGCAGUGGCCUACUUUACACAGUCUCCUCUCAUAUUCUUGAUUUAAUUUCAGAAUGUAAUAAGAAAGGCUAUGAUAACCUCUUCUGACCAGGACAAAUGUAGCAUGCCCGUUCGAGAUUAUCUCUCUGGGGCGCAGAGCAGAGGACAUCCUUCAAAUCAGAAACAUGCAAGGAGCAUUUUUCUGUGCAUUCUUCUGGCCCUGGGACUCCUGGGUACACCCUGCAGUCUAGCAUUUAACUUCAUUUGCCAUGGUUGAUGUCUGUCAGUGAACCAGCCACAGUUUGCGCCUUUCAUGUGUCUGCAUUUGCCACGUUUGCGGCGAUAAUUAAAUUCCGAGUCACGAUGCCAAGCAUCAGUUUUUCUUAAAGAUAAAUACCAGCCACACUCUGAAAACCCCCUGUAGGUCACAGACAACACUUACUGCUCUUUUGAUUCCUCAAAGACUCUUUUAUCUUGCCUGAAUGUAAAAUAGCUUCUGCCAGGCACAAUAAAGAAAAUGUUACUUGCCUCCCCGAGUCGUGACUCUUUUUCUUAAACCAAACAGAGGCCCGAAGUGACACCUGGAGAUGGAGUGCAUUCAAAGUGUUUACUGUUAUCAUACAGUAUUAUGUGGAGAUGAUAACACAUACAAAACAAGCAGCUAUUUCCAUCAAUCUACAGCUUAAUUAAGUUGGCUGUGGUGUGAAGCACCAGUCAGCCUUGAACAGGUCAGUCACAUUUGUGCAGAGUCUUCAUGGUGGCUGUAUUUGAACUGAUUUAAGCUUUGGCAUGCUAACAAAUAAAUGCUAGCAGUUAGCUCCAGAGAUGGCUGACGCAUCCUACAGUGCUAAAGAUGCGUCCUCGCUUCCGGCAGCUGUCUUGAUUAAUUGCGUCACAAGAACACUGUUAUCUGGAGUGUAAAAAAACAAACAAACCGUCUUUGUUGUGCUGUCCACGGAUUAAUUCUCGUUCCACUGGAAUAGAAGAGUCUUUAAAGAGCCUGGAAAUGCGUUCUAAAGAGAGGUAGCCGACCUGCUUCGUUUUCAUCUCAACACCCUGCUGAGCCUGUGAGAAGCCCGUGUCCUGCUGGUUCUUUGCUUGUGUCUUGGCGAAUGGAUGGAUAUGUGACACGUUUGGCUUCGUGUAUUUCAAGUGUGACAACGCCAAGGGGCUGAGGGCCUUCUUUGAUGCCAUAUGCUACGGUCCCAAACACCUGAUGAUCUUCGGUGGCGUCUGCCCUUCCGUGACCUCCAUCAUCGCAGAGUCCUUGGAGGGAUGGAAUCUGGUGCAGCUGUCAUUCGCAGCAACAACCCCAGUUCUGGCAGACAAGAAAAAGUACCCCAACUUCUUCCGCACUGUCCCAUCCGACAACGCUGUGAACCCCGCGGUGGUGAAGUUUCUUACCUACUACAACUGGAGCCGUGUGGGGACCCUCACACAGGAUGUCCAGAGGUUCUCAGAGGUGAGGAAUGAUCUAACUAAUGAGCUGGAAAAAGCAGACAUUCAGAUCGCAGACACGGAGAGUUUCUCCAACGACCCCUGUGUCAACGUCAAGAAGCUCAAGGACAACGACGUGAGAAUCAUCAUUGGCCAGUUCGAUGAGAAUUUGGCCUCCAAAGUCUUCUGCUGCGCAUAUAACCUGAACAUGUUCGGCAGUAAAUACCAGUGGAUUAUCCCCGGCUGGUACCAGGGCAACUGGUGGGAGCAGGCCAACUCCACCAACUGCACCACCAAGAAGCUGCUCACGGCCAUGGAGGGAUACAUCAGCGUGGACUUCGAGCCGCUCAGCGCUCGCCAGAUCAAGGGCAUCUCUGGCAGAACCCCUAAGGAGUACGAGAGGGAGUACAGCAGAGAGCUUCAGCAGAAAGGUGUGGAGGCCAGCAAGUUUCAUGGCUUUGCCUACGACGGAAUCUGGGUCAUUGCUAAAACCUUUACUCGCGUGAUGGAACUGCUCCGGAGAAAACAGCAGCAGAACACCUACCACAACUUCACCGUGGACGACCGCGAAGUGGGAAAACUGGUGCUGGAUGUCAUGAACGAGACCAACUUUUUCGGUGUAACGGGCCAAGUCAUGUUUCGGAACGGAGAGAGGAUGGGCACGAUAAAAUUCAAUCAGUUUCAAGAGGGCCAGGAAGUGAAGGUAGGAGAGUACAACGCGAUUGCCGAUGUGCUGGAUCUCAUCAACAACUCCAUAAGGUUCCAAGGUGUGGAGCCACCCAAGGAUCGCACAUUUGUUCGCCUGCAGCGGCGCCACAUCAACGUGCCCCUCUACAGCAUCCUGUCCACCAUCACCAUACUGGGCAUGCUGAUGGCGGGGGCCUUCCUGUUCUUCAACAUCAAGAACCGCAACCACAGGCUCAUCAAGAUGUCUAGUCCCUACAUGAACAACCUGAUCAUCCUUGGAGGCAUGCUCUCUUACGCCUCUAUUUUCCUGUUUGGCCUGGAUGGGGGUUUCGUCUCUGACAAAGAGUUUGAGACCCUUUGCACUGUCCGGACGUGGAUCCUCAUUGUCGGAUACACAACCGCUUUCGGCGCCAUGUUUGCGAAGACCUGGAGGGUGCACGCCAUCUUCAAAAAUGUCAAGAUGAAGAAGAAGAUCAUCAAGGACCAGAAGUUGUUGAUUAUCGUUGGCGGGAUGCUGCUAAUCGACUUAUGCAUCCUCAUUUGCUGGCAGAUUGUGGACCCACUUAAAAGGACCGUGGAAGAGUACAGCUUGGAGGCGGACCCCCAAGGCCGAGACAUAGCCAUCCGUCCGUUCUUGGAGCACUGCGAGAACACCCACAUGACCAUUUGGCUGGGCAUCGUCUAUGCCUACAAGGGACUGCUAAUGUUAUUUGGCUGCUUCCUGGCAUGGGAGACCAGGAACGUGAGCAUUCCUGCUCUCAACGACAGCAAAUACAUCGGGAUGAGCGUUUACAACGUGGGCAUCAUGUGCAUCAUCGGUGCCGCCGUGUCUUUUCUCACACGGGACCAGCCCAACGUCCAGUUCUGCAUCGUGGCGCUGGUGAUCAUCUUUUGCAGCACCAUCACGCUCUGCCUGGUCUUCGUUCCCAAGUUCAUCACCAUGAGAACCAACCCAGAUGCAGCCACCCAGAACCGGAGGCUAAAGUUCACCCAGAACCAGAAGAAGGAAGACUCCAAGACGUCCACCUCAGUCACCAGCGUCAACCAGGCUAACACUUCGCGACUGGACGGGCUUCAAACUGAUAACCACCGCCUCCGCAUGAGGAUAACAGAGCUGGACAAAGAGCUGGAGGAGGUGACCAUGCAGCUGCAGGACACGCCGGAGAAAACCCCCUACAUCAAACAGAACCAUUACCCGGACGCCAACAACAUCCUCAGCAUACGCAACUUCACAGAUGGAAAAGACGGAGAGAAGUCGAUACUAAAGAACCACCUGGAGCAGAAGCCCCAGGCGCAGUGGGGCUCCAUGGACCCUUCCAGAAUAAACAGAGGUCCUCUGGAGGAUAUCAACUCGCCCGAACACAUACAGCGUCGACUGUCCUUGCAGCUGCCCAUCCUGCACCAUGCCUACUUACCCUCCAUAGGAGGGGUUGAUGCCAGCUGCACCAGCCCCAACGGCAGCCCCGGGUCCAGCCCACGGCACAGACACAUGCCCCCCUCCUACCGGGUAAUGGUCUCUGGCCUGUGAGCUCCAUUCACUCCCCCACCUGGCUCUUUGCAGAGGAGACACAUAUGGUUCUUAUUUUCUACAACAAAUAGACUGAUAUCAUCAGCGUAUGUGCGUAUUUUGUCUCAGAACAAGGAGGACAGGGGGAGAAGAGAGGGAGGGGGGAGGGCCGAGUUUUCACUCUUCGAUCCUCUUCACCCUGGCCUCUCUUGAGAACUGAAACCCUCAGUCAGGAAGGGGUGGGAGGACACAGAGUGGGCACUGGAUGACCCUUACAAACUCCCAUGAUUCACAGCAAUGUCCCCUUGUUCAUGUGCUCCCCUUUGCCUAGGCAUACACACAAGCAUACACAAACUACACACACAUGCACAAACACACUGACACCACAAUAGCGGGAGAGCAGUGGACCAGCCCUGACCUGACGUGUAGCCUUAUCUGCUUCAGAGGGGGUCGUCUGUCUCUGUUCCUUAUCUGUUGUACGUAUGUGCUCGCUGCUUCGUGUGAGCUCGUCAUCUAACUUGAGUAUUUCACUGCUUCAGUGACUGUACACCUGUGUGGAGACACGGAAUUUACAAUACCCAACAAAGGAAAUAAUCCAACCCGUUCCCAUUCGCGUGGAGACAUGUAAAUAUAAUCAUUUCUGACUUUGAUGUACUGUAAGCUUUGUAUAUGCUGUGAAUGGACAAUUGAAGGGAGUCUAAGCGUGGAGCUGCGACAGAGGCAGGUUAUCGGAAACAAUUCGAAUGGAAAGCUUAUCAAACAAGGCUCCCUACGAAGAAUUAGACAUGUAUGAAAGAGAUGCGGGGUGAUGUGUGUAACUGUUGAUGAAUUAGCUUAAGGGCAGCAAAGUAAGAGAUACAUCAAAGCUUGCGAGGCACCGGGGGCCCUUUCCUUUAACUCAGAGCAAGAUGCACAUGUUUCUUCUAUCCACUUUGCUAAAUUUGCACCACCGGUCUCAUCAGAGAUUUCACAUCAGACUUUGCAUCGGCCUUUCAUACUUUACAACUUGCUUAAUAUGUCCUCAGAAAGCAUGUUAUACAGAAUAUUGACGCUAUGCCUUUUAACAGGUCUCCAAGGCUGCAUAUGUUAGAGUAUAGAGCUAAAAAAAAAAAAACAAGAAAAAAAAACACCGCAAGAGUGUUCCACAGUUGUUAUUCGUGUGUGUUAUAUGCCAAGAAAUGCACACAUUCAGACGUACACUUAAAGAGAGCACCUUAUGAAUCCAGGUGCUUUUCAGACGAGGCAUUAGUGACGGGGCCUGGUCAUAUCGAUCCCCACAGAGUGGUCUCCACAGACUGUUAAGAUGUCCAUCUGAUCUAGCCCUCACAGCUAACCAGCACAGGCAAGGGUGACGGGGUUCACGUCAAUGGCGAAUAAAAAAAGGGCACGAGACUCUGAAAUCACACAACUUUUUCGGAAGAAAUAAAACUCAAGAAGUGAUGCUGGAAAGGAUGUAGGUCUACCAGUUCAACAGCUAGUUUGGAUCAAACGGUCGACCUGAAUUUCCACGAGAGGUAGGAGAUGACGACGAGCACGCGGGAGCCUCGUGUAAAAAGCCCCAACCGGCUGUAGCUUUCGGUUCCAAGGUGGUGACGACGCCACUGCUGGUCACGGUGAUAGAGCAUAAAGCACAGACACAGGGCUUUCUUUCAUAUUGAGUGUCAGAUCACUUCACACUUAGCAACAGUUAACAUACCUCAGUUGCUAUGGAAAUUCAGUGCCGUUGAACUCGGCCCGAGAAGGCUGCACUGAGCAAAAACGGUCAUCGACACAGUGUCGUCGUGUUUUUUUUGUAAAAACUGUCCUCAUGCAGGAGAAAAGCGAACAGGGACUACGGACUUUAAAAAAAAAAAAAGGACUUUCUGUGGAGUGAGAAGUGAGUUUGUUCUCAGCAUAUGUUUCACCAUUGGUGUCUUGGUUUUUAGUUUUUAAGGCGUCUGUUGAGCGCUGUGCCUGUUGUCUUAUACUGUAGCCUGCAGGAUCCACAGUACAUAGGGUAAAAAUGGCGCUGACCCAGCAAACAACAACAUUGGCCACACAUCUGUAAAUUGUAUGACGUGUCAUAGAUUUAUUUAAAUUCAAUGCCUCAAUGCAUGGGACAGUGUGGGAGGACUUGGUGAAAGCUCCACUUCAGCCGGAGUGGAUGUCCUCCCCAAACUGGCAUCUUGAUCAUAAAUACUGUCAAAUCAGUCUUCGGUCGAAAAGGCAGGUCGAGGAGUACAAACAUGGAGCGGGAGGCAAGCUAGCAGGGAUCCACCUGCUAUCGGACAUAUCAGGGUGACUUCCUGCAAGAGCUCCUCCCCCUUCCGGCCCCUGCUGAGCACAGGAGCAGGGAAACCCCGAGCACAGGCCUCCAAGGAGUCACGGCUUCUCCCGCACCUUUGCCAACCAGAGAAUCAUGGUCACUUGACAAGUGAGUGAGAGACAUUAUCCAAGGGUUGGUUCUUCCUUCAGGAGAAGAAAAACCAACUGCACAUUUUAUAUAUUACAUUAUAUGUGAUUGUGUACAAUUUGCUGAUACCCUGAUGAUGGUGUCCAUGUAUGGAAUAUUUGGUAUUUGGCUUUCUCAAGACGGCAUGAAAUGAAAUGUAUAAUUCACAGAGUUACCUCUGUUUUUGCAACUGUCGUGACAAAACCCACUGUCGUUUCAUCCUCUCACCGGCAAUUUGGUUUUUCCAGUUCGUGUCCACACACAACAUGGAUUUGAUUUGAUUUUUAGCCUGUUGAUCAGCUCACACAUGUCAAUGCCAAGAUUCUCAGUGGACAAACUCAACAUCGUCAUAUGGACUAUGCUACUGGUUUAGCAGUUAUUCACUGAGGGCAAUAAAGUGAAAGUAGUAGCAAACGAUCAAUCCUAAUAACUCGCUCCUGGCAUUUACCAAAUUGCAAAAUGACUUUUUUUGUUAGUCCAUCAAAAAUGCCAAAUGCAGAUCAUCAGGUAUGGUUCUGUUUUUGUUUUUUUUUUAAAUGUGCCCUGAUUUUUUUUUUUUCUUUUAUUAUGAAUCAUUUCAACAUGGAUGAUGAAAAAUUGUUCAAAUGCAAUUGUGAUAGGUCAAGGGCUCAUAAUUUCCUGUAAUAAACAACGUCAUGCUGAUGGUUUGUAUUUGCCACAGGUCUUUUUACCUUUUCAGUUUGAAGAUCCAAGUGACAUAUACGUAUAUAAUUAUAUCUUUGUAUGUGUCGUCAUCAGGGUUUCUGGAGAACACGAAAACAUACAUGUCCAAAAAUAUAACAAUAUGACGUAUAUAUUUAGUGAAAAAAAAAAACAAAAAAAAA